AUGAGAGGAACACGGACAUGAAGAAGAGGAUCCACCUGGAGCUGAGGAACCAGACCCCGGCAGCAGUUCGAGAACCUGUCUUGGACAAUUGCAAAGCAAAUGAUGGAAAAAUUGAGGGGUUAACAGAUGAGUUUGUUAACCUAGAGUUCCUCAGUUUAAUAAGUAUAGGCUUGUUUUCAGUGUCCAAUUUCCCCAAGCUACCAAAAUUGAAAAAGCUUGAGCUCAGCGAUAAUAGGAUCUUUGGAGGUCUGGACAGACUAGUAGAAGAACUUCCAAGCCUCACACAUCUGAACCUGAGUGGAAAUAAGCUGAAAGACAUCAGCACCUGGAACCUUCGAAAAAGUUGGAUUUUUCUGAAAAGCUUGGAUCUGUUUGGCAGUGAGGUCACUAACCUGAAUGAUUACCGAGAGAGUGUCUUCAAGCUCCUGCCCCAGCUGUCCUAUCUGGAUGGCUAUGACCAAGAGGACCAGGAAGCCCCUGACUCAGAUGUGGAGGUGGAUGGUGUAGAGGAAGCUCCUGACUCAGAUGCAGAGGUAGAUGAUAUGGACAAAGAAGAGGAGGAUGAAGAAGGAGAAGAGGAAGAUGAGGACAGUGAAGAAGAGGAUGAUGAAGAGGAGGAUGAAGAUGAAGACAAAGAUGUAGAAGGCGAAGAGGAUGAAGAUGAAGUCAAUGGGGAGGAAGAAGAAUUUGGACAUGAUGGAGAAGUUGAUGAAGAUGAAGAAGAUGAGGAUGAAGAGGAGGAAGAAAGUGGGAAAGGUGAAAAGAGGAAGAGAGAGACAAACGAUGAAGGAGAAGAUGAUUAAGACCUGAAACAAUCUGCAGGAAACAGGACUGUUGAGUACUGGUUGGACUGCUCAUGGAUUUGGUAGCUGUUUUAAAAAGGUAGCUGUGAUACAAGCCCCAGGACACCCCCACCCAAAGAGCCAAAGAACAGUUCCUGAGACAUUCCGCCUUCCUCUGUUUAGCCCCUUGGUAAUCCACCACCAAGCCUGGGGACUUCACCCCAACAAAAUUGUAAACGUUGUUAGGUUUUCGUGUAAGACUCUUGCUGUAUCGUGACAGCUGU